AUGUCGAGUUUUGAUCAGGUGAGCAUCCAAACAGAAGACUAUGUGAUGACCGACACCUGCCCCACCCCUGUCCGCUCUCUGUCUAGUUCCACGCUAAGCCUGGAUCUCACAUCACUUCAAGAUCCAUCUUCUCCCACACACAAACACAGGAAGAGUUCUGAGGAGAAGAGUGGAGUUCUAAACCGUAUUGGAAGCUUUUUCACUCGGAAGAAAAAAAGCAGAAUCGCAUCGGAUGACAGGGAUGAAAAUUUGUCACCGGAGGCAAACAGCCCAACCAGGUACUCAAGAUCAGAGGAACUGAGAUGGACUCAACACAAAGAGAUUGACGAUUCAGUGUUUGGGCCGGAGAAUAGAAGUCCCAGUGUGUGUAGCGUAGCCUCUAUUGUUGCAGAUGGAGGAGACUUGCCUUUUGCCGACAGCGGCAGUAGUGGACGAGGGAGCGUAAAAGAGGUGGAAGUGUUCAAGGUAAACCGGGUUGAAACCUCCAGUGACAAGAGAACCGAGAAUCUGGUGAAGGAGGUGAACAAGAAGCUGAAGGUGUACCUGGAGGAGACAACAGAUACAAAAAUAAAGAAAUGUGCAGAUGUCCCUAUACACACCCCUGACACGCCAAAGUCCCCCGCGGUCUCAAGCGGGACGGAGAGUAAAAAGACAGUUUUGAAAACCACCAUCACAGGUGGUGGGAAUUACACCGCAUUGAUUGGGGUGACUCUGGGAUCACAGUCCAGAAACUCAUCAUCCUCUGAUGGUCAGCCUGGAGAACCAACAGGAACAGACAUGGGGAAGAAAAACGGCGCCAAACGAAAAUCACGCAAACUAAGCAAUCAAGAAAGCAAUAAUGAGCUUCUCGCCCCAAUGAACACCACUACCCCUGAGGCAAAGGAGAGGUCAGUGCAAUCAUCUCCCUCACCUGGUCAAGUACACAGAGCUGUGUGGGCGGAAACUCACCUGACAGAGGAGGAGAGUGAGAGCUCCAUUACUGACUCACUUUCUUCUACAGAACCUGCUCUGGCCAGCCCAGCAGAGAGUUAUUCUGCCCUCUGUGCAGCUCCUAGCAACACUUCUGCUCCUUCUCGAGCUGCAGAGCCAGCCAUCUUCACCUUACAUGCUUCAAAAGACAGCAUUGAACCACCAGAGGAGGAAACUCGAGACAGCCUCAUUCCUAAACACCUGCAUGCUGAGAGCAAUGAAGAGAAACGCAGUAGCUUGAAACUGUUAAAGAGUGAGAAAGUCUUUGCUAAAAGAGUGUUUGUUGGUUCUCAGUCAAGCCUAGGCGGGGAAGAACAAGCUGAAACGAAGACCCAAAGUGGGACUAACUUGGAUAUAACGCAGAAUGUACAGCAGGUUAAGUGUGGCGUUCAGUCACCCAUAACGCCACCACCAGAGGUGGUGCCAACCCCAGGAGAUCGAAAGGACAUAUCGCUGUCUCAUGCUGUCACCUCUGCAAAAGAGGGGCUUGGUGAUUUGCCAGAUUGUGGCAAUGUAAAGGCAGGACCUGGUGAUUCAGUACAGAGCCCAUCCACACCUCCACCUCUUCCUACUUUCUCAGAAGUCAAGCUGCCUGAUGUUUUGGAAAAAUACAUGAAUAAAGGCAAAGAAGCUAACACCAUGAGCCAACAAAGGCCUGACACUGGCUCUGUCCCUGCAUUGGAUUUGAAUCUCACUUCCAACAAAUUUAAUUCAAGCAUGGGACUGCAAGGCAUAUCAGUAGUAACAUCUCCAUCCAACAGCACUCAGCAGAUUCCACUGCCCACAACCAGCAGUCUCUCACCAACAUACACAGAGACAUCUGGUGUCAGAGGCUUCCACAGACGCCCUGGAAAGAUUGUGAUAUACCAGCAAGCUCAUUUUGGAGGAGUGGCAUACGAGGUAUUCAGAGACGCAGAGGAUGCCACCUCCCUAAACCUCUCUCCACUCAUCUCCAUAAAGGUCAUUAGAGGAUGUUGGCUGCUGUAUGAAAAGCCAGGCUUCCAGGGCCGGUCCAUUGCACUGGAGGAGGGGCCAGCAGAGAUAGCAAAUGAGUGGGCGGAGACAGAGCCCAGUGGGGAAGUGCUGCCAAACGGCCUGCCGCUCCCAACCACACCCAUGGUUAUUGGCUCCAUUAGGCUUGCAUUAAGGGACUAUACCACACCAAAAAUCGACCUGUUCACAGAGCUGAAUGGGAUGGGACGAGUGUCUUCAUUCUGCGAUGACACCAUAGAGACCUGUUCAUUUGGUAUUCCUCAGAGUACUGGGUCCAUUAAGAUUCACAGUGGAGUAUGGCUGGUCUUUAGUGACCCAGGUUUCCAGGGUCUUUUGGCUGUUUUGGAGGAAGGAGUAUAUCCCUGCCCUCAGGACUGGGGCUUUCCCACCCCUUUUGUAGGAUCACUGCGGCCCUUGAAAUUGGGUGAAAUUAAGGUGGAAAAUCCCAAUGAAAUUAAGGCGGUACUCUUUGAAAAUCCAGUGUUCCAAGGGGAGUGCUUAGAGAUCGAACGGGACAUUUACAACUUUGAUGAAGGAGAGGAAGAGAAGAAGGAUGAAGAAGAUGAAAAUAAGAGUCCUGACAGCAUCAGGAGAAAGAGACUAAAGUCUGUCGGCUCACUGAAGAUCUUGAGUGGCCUCUGGGUAGGAUAUUCUGCACCAAGGUUCGAGGGUCGCCAGUACCUUCUGGAGGAAGGAGAGUAUGCAGACUUCACUGACUGGGGUGGACUGGAAGACAGGCUCCUGUCUAUACGUCCUGUGUUAGCAGAAUUCAUGACUCCUCACGUGAGAAUGUUCAGUGAGCGGGAUUUCAGUGAGAGAGGGAUGAAUGUGGACCUGCUGGAACCUGUCAUUAGCAUGGAAGCCACUGGCUUUGGCAUAAAGACACAAUCAGCGGAAGUCCUCUCUGGCGUGUGGAUAGCAUUCGAGAAGGCAUGCUUCUCAGGUGAGCUGUACGUUUUAGAGAAGGGUCUCUAUGGGAGUCCAGAGGACUGGGGAGCACACAACUGCAAGAUCUUGUCCAUUCAGCCUGUGGUUUUGGAACAGGCUGAAGGACUGUCCAGAUAUAAGAUGCAGUUGUUUGCCGAACCAGGGUUCAAGGGAGCAAUGCAGGCUUUAGAUGAAAGUGUGGCGUUCCUGCCGGAGGGCUUCUACCCAAUGUCCUGCAAGGUUUUGGCUGGGAGCUGGGUGGUGUUCGAUGGCCCACAGUUCACUGACAACAUGUAUGUACUGGAGGAAGGAGAAUACGCUAAUCCCGAUGCUCUGGGCUUACUCAACUCAAACUGCAAAAUCAGCUCUGUGCACACUGUAGGACAUGAGUUCUCUAUGCCCUCCAUCACACUCUUCUGUAAAUCUGGCUUCAGAGGACGUAAAGUGGUUCUGACCGAUGGCGUUUUGAAUCUGUCUCUGGCUGGCAUUGAUGGGCGGGUCAACUCUCUAUUGGUCAAUGGAGGAAUCUGGGUGUUGUAUGAAUACAGCAAAUUCCGUGGUCGUCAGGUCCUGCUCCAUCCCAGCGAGAUCGGUGAUUGGCAGAAGUUCCAAGGCUGGGAGCAGAUUGGCUCUCUGCGUCCGUUACUACAGAAACGUGCUUAUUUCCGGCUGCGUAGUGCCGAAACGGGCUGCUUGAUGUCUCUGACUGGAUCACUGGAUGAUUUAAAGCUGCUCCGGGUGCAAGUGCUGGAGGAAACUGGUGGUCCAGAGCAGAUAUGGGUUUAUGAGAAUGGACUUCUGCGCUGCAAGAUGGUCGAGGACUGUUGUGUGGAGACAUCUGGAGGUGUGGUGAUGGCAGGUGGCAGGUUGAAUAUCUCACCUGAACCAGGCAAAGACAAUCAGUUCUGGAGCAUCACAGGAGACGGAAUCAUACGCAACAACCUCAAGCCUGACCUUGUGCUGGAGGUCAAAGGUGGCCAACAGUAUGAUAAAAACCAGGUGAUUCUAAACACCUUUGAUGAGCAGAAAACCAACCAGAGAUGGACUGUGGAAAUCCUUUAGUGCUUGGGUCAAAACAGAGGCCGUUUCUCUAACUCCUGCUAUUCAGCAGAAACCCUAAAAUGUCUGAGGCUGUUGUGCACUGAGAAGAUUAUGUAAAUCUAAACCCCAAAAAUGGCUCAGAUGAGUCUUUGUCACUGAUGGGAUUAUUAUCCAGAGAUGAGAAUGUGUGGGGGACCAAACCUUUUGAAAUCAUCCAUCUAGAUUACAGUUGUCUUCGGACGUUCAACUGAAGUUCAUCGACUGCAUCAAGGACCCUAAUGAGACCUGCCUCAGUUUCAACAUAUUUUGUGCUAGUACUUUUUUGUUGUUUACUCUGCAUUGACCUAGAAACACAAAGUACUGUCCUGCUUGCAAUGCAAUGAUAUUACCAAAGAGGGCGCAGUAGCAUAACGAUUUGUAUGUAGCUGCACUUUAGCUGACCUUGUUCAUCUUUCGUGUCAGCAAAGAGUCGAGGUUAAUUUAGUUUAAUAUGUCCCAGUUUACCCCUUGCAUGUCCUAAUUACACUUUAUAGGGGCAAAAAGCACCUUCUUUCAUUCAUAAGUAGCUGUGUAUUCUGACUAAAUUAUUUUGUGCAAGAAAUGUAUAAGUUAUAGAUACUUAGUAUAGUCAUAUACUACUAGUAAUUAGUAUAAUAGAUGUUUUACUAGUGCCUUAAAAGCUCCUAAAAGCUUGAAAUAGAUUUUUUUUUUCUUUCAUGUCAAAUCUCAGGAUGGUCACUAGUAAAGGGCUUGUUCAUGGUCUUGUGGUGCCAGCAGUCAUGACAUUAUUUUCUUGUGGCUCCAGAGUAAUUAAUCACAUUAAUGGCUCAGUGGAUCAGAACUAAGUGCCCAUGAGCAAAAA